CAGUAUUGCGCUCGUGAUUCCUCAGCGGGAGCGAACACUGACGGCGCUGAGCAAGUGAUACAGUCGGGGCUGGCUGGAGGCGCGAGAGCCAGCGGGGUGAUCCUGGACACCCCCUGGCCUGAAACAUGGGACUGGUGGCGCGGAUACGAAAGGAAUGGUUUAUCAUCGGGAUCGUCGUGGUCAUACUAGCCGCCCGACUGCAUCCUAGUGUCGGUGUCAGAGGAGGCCCAUUGAAACCAGAGAUCACAGUAGCCUACAUUGCGGUCUCCCUCAUCUUCUUCAACAGCGGGCUGUCACUCAAGACGGAGGAAUUAACCAGCGCCUUGCUACAUGUCCGUCUUCACCUGUUUGUCCAGUCUUUCACCCUCAUCUUCUUCCCGCUGGCUGUUUGGCUGCUACUCAGAGUGCUGGCUCUGACGGCCAUUGAUCACUGGCUGCUCCGAGGGUUGCAGACUGUGAGCUGUAUGCCCCCACCAGUCUCCUCUGCUGUCAUUCUCACCAAAGCUGUUGGAGGCAACGAGGCGGCUGCCAUUUUUAAUUCAGCCUUUGGAAGUUUCCUGGGAAUCAUUGUAACUCCAGUGUUAUUGCUGCUCUUUCUUGGCUCUUCAUCCUCAGUUCCCUUCUCCUCCAUCUUCUCUCAGCUAUUUAUGACGGUUGUUGUUCCUCUGAUCCUGGGUCAGGUGUGUCGUGGUUUUAUCCGUGAGUUUCUGGAGCGUCAGAAACCUCCGUUCGGCGUCAUCAGCAGUGCUGUGCUCCUCAUGAUAAUCUACACCACCUUCUGUGACACCUUCAGUAAUCCCAACAUCGAGCUGGACCCCACCAGCCUGCUGCUGGUGGUUCUUAUCAUUUUCUCCAUCCAGCUGUGCUUCAUGACUCUCACAUUUGCCUUUUCCACGCGACCCGGCUCAGGGUUCACUCCAGCAGACACGGUCGCCAUCGUCUUCUGCUCCACACAUAAAUCACUCACUCUUGGAAUCCCAAUGUUGAAGAUUGUGUUCGAGGGCUACGAGCAUCUGUCUCUCAUCUCGGUGCCACUUCUCAUCUACCACCCUGCUCAGAUCCUCCUGGGAUCCGUCCUGGUGCCGACCAUUCGCAGUUGGAUGAACAGCCGGCAGAAGCCUAGUCUGUUGUUGAGGUAGGGCCAAGGUCCAGCACUACCGUCUGGAGCAGCAAAGAUUUCACUGCAGCCCAUCUGAUGGCAAAGCCCACCCGCCGGACAGAAGUUGUCGUUCACGUGCCUUUUAACCUUCAAUCAAGCAACCGAGACCUCAGUGUGGUUUGGCAACUACUUUUGUCUCCCUUUCCGCAACAAAAGUUUUGUAUUUUCUACAUUUUAAAUGAGCAGCAAUGUUUAUUUUUAUACUAAAAGACUCAUGUAUUUCAAACAGGAUUUUUUUUUAAGCACCUGCCUGUGGGAUCAAGACGGGUAACUGUUACGAGGACCAAUUACUGUUUCCUCCUCUACCUUUGCUCACACUGCCAUGUGGUGUGGUUUGUUACAUUUCUAUUCUUGAUAGGUCAAGCAUUCAGCUGGACUAUUUGAGAUUUGCUGUAAAAUAUUAUAGUUAUUUUCUCUUGAAAUGUUGCUUUUGUAAAGGAUGUGCUGAAUGUCUUUAACUAUGGAGGUAGGGAGUAAAACUUUGGAAGGAA